AACCUUGGAUGAGGGGAAUAGAAAGUGUAUGUGUGUGCGAAAAAUGUGUGUGCAUGUGUGUGUGUUUGUGUGGUAAUGAGAGAGUGGGUGGGUGUAGAAAAGGAAGUGGCAGAGAAGAAGGUAGACAAAAAAAACAAAAAAAAUAAAACCGUCAGAAAGCAACUGAUGAGACAGAAAAAGGAAGACGAGCGAAGCGCGACGAGGACCGAAAAGGAGAAGGCACGAGGGGGAAGACGCAGUUUAGGAAAAGACCGGGAGGAAGACGAAACACCAACAGGUCUCUCUCUCGCUCUCUCUCUACCUGAACACUUGGAAUCAGGGUGAGCAGGAGCUCCAGUAUCAGACGAGGAUUCACACCUUACUGACCUGAAUUACACAAAAACAGAAUGGCUGUCAAACAUCUGUGUGACGUUGAGAUGAACAGCUAAGACUAACUCAAAUACACACACACACACACCAUGAGUAUGCCGUUUGCAGUGAGCUCAGCCUCCCCUACUGCUGAGGACCCGAUCACGCCUCCGCCCAUGACCACACCUCCUCGCAAAGCCUCGGUCCGCCUGCAGGAGAGGCGGGGGUCCAACCUGUCUCUGCUACUGGACGUGAGCAGCCUGGGGGUGGAGCCUGUUUGUUCCGUUACCACCCCAAAGGAGGUGUGGCUUCAGCUGCUACACACCUCCUCGAGAACACUCACGCACACGAUGCUGCAGCAGGCCGCCGUGGACACAAAGACACUGAAUGUAGAGUACCAGAAGAUACCUCCUAACUUUGUGAGCGCUGCAGAGCUUGAUGUGCCAGGACACAUGAUCAAAGACAGAUACAAAACCAUCCUACCCAACACUGAGAGCCGGGUGAUCCUGAGGAGCCCAGAGGAAGAGGCGGGGCCAGACGGCUACAUCAACGCCAACUACAUCAGGGGUUACAAAGGAGCUCCCAGGGCCUACAUCGCCACCCAGGGGCCGAUGCUGCACACUGUGGGGGACUUCUGGGACAUGGUGUGGCAGGAGAGGAGCAGCAUCAUCGUCAUGGUUACCCGACUCAAGGAGAACAACGAGAAAUGCGAGCUGUACUGGCCACAGCCGGGGGAGAGGAGGAAGAGGAGGAGGAGCAGGACGUUGAAGGAGGAGCAGGAGGACGAAGAGGAGCAGAAGGAGGAAGAGGAGGAGGAAGGAGAUACAGGCCAAUUCGGCAGAUUCAUCCUGAGAGUGAGAGACAGCCAAGAGAAAGACGGGUUCACUGUCACUGACCUGGAGAUCCAGCUGUGUGCAGAGCGCCGUCACGUCAGACACUACUGGUUCACCUCUUGGCCCGACCACCACAUCCCACAAUGCACCGCUCCUCUGCUGAGACUGGUCGAGGAGGUGGAGACGUACAGGAGGUCCCUCUUACCGCCCAGCUCUCAGCCAAUCACAGACACCCCUGCCCCAGGUCCUGGACCAGUCAUCGUCCACUGCAGUGCAGGUAUCGGGAGGACAGGUUGUUUUAUAGUCUGCAGUAUUUGCUGUCAGCAGCUCAGAGAAACCGGUCAGGUUGACAUCCUGGAGACGGUGUGUCAGCUUCGACUCGACAGAGGUGGUAUGAUCCAAACCACAGAGCAGUACCAGUUCCUGUACUCCACACUGGCCCAGUACAGCUCCCAGCUACAACACAGCCAGGAACAGAACCAGCCGGUCACAGUGACGCAGGACCAGCAGAAUCCAGAGGACCAAGUCAGCACACAGCUACAGAACCUCCAGCUAGACAACACACAGAAUGGGAAGAACUGAUACAGCACCUGGAGAACCAGUCCACAAGGCCAAGUAGACAGCUAAAGAAAUCUCGGAGACCAACAGAAUGCACAAGAAAUAUUAUUAACAGAACCAGAAAGAUGGAAGCAAGAGAAGAGGCGUAACUUAAAGAACUGAUGCACUCACAGAUGGAGAAUUUGGGGAACCAGCAGUAUCAGAACUGUCAGGACCCUAACCCCGAACCCUAAAACAACUGGAUCUUUUGGUCCAGUUCACUGCAUACAGCUAAGAACCCAGAGCAUCAUGUUCAUGCUGGGCUGAAAAUCUCCCUAACCGUUCACAAGGGGCCUGAACCCGGAGAAUCAAAUAGAAAAUAACAAAUGGAUAAUGUAUUUUCCCCAAUUUUAAUCUCAAAUCAAAUCAAAUCAAUUAAAAACAGGAUGAAUCUUUGAUGCGGUCAAAGUGGUUUUGUCUUGUGGCUCGCUUCAUAUGUUUAAAUAAGGACGCAAAUUUUUCUCUUAAAGAUCUAAUAUAUAUAAAGUUUGUUAGAUAUAAUGUUCUUUAUUUAUUUAAUACUUUUAGGCUCUGGCCUCUGGGCCCCCGACCCCCUGAGGCCGUGCCCAGUCAGCCUGUCCAGUAAUCCAUCUUUGGCUGCAGUCUUGCCAACGAGAGACUCGCAGGGGAUGGGACGUAUGUCGAUGAUGGACCAUAACAGGAAUAUAUUGGGCCCCUGAGACCUGACCCACCACCGGUACAAUGUGGUUUCUGAUACUUAAUUUCCCUUAUUAGUUUGUGUUUCCAAAACAUGGUGGUUAUGGUCAGGUCGGUACUUCAGAAAAAGCUGAGUGAGUGUUACCUAUAGGAAUAUUUUGUCACUUUUGUUUUAAAACAAGCUUAAAAAUCCAAGACAAGAUGAAAAAACUAGCCACACACGUGAUUCUCCGUCCCAUAAUCCCCAGAGCCCUCAAACCCAACCAGUAUGCUCAUACUGGAAUAAUACCCUACCCCAGUUUGCAGUGAGGCAGUUAGUUGGUGAGGAAUAAAUUAAGCACAAAGAAAAAUGCACCAUGUUAGCAUAAUGUGAAGUGAAAUAUUUAAAGGCCCCUGACAAAAACAGGGCCUCAAAAUCAGGUAGAAAUGCUGCAGCCUCUUGUCAUUUCAGGCGUACUGUGUUUUAGCAUACUAACAAGUUUGUAAUCAAAUUUUCACUAAUUGCUUAGAGACAGCCUUUUGGGAACCCGAGGGCUGUUGCUUGGUUUGUCCGGUUGAUAAUCCAGCCUUGCCAGACGGGAGUCCUGUACAGUUCCAGUUUGCAGUCUGUAACAUAAUAGAAGACCCAGGACAGGACCAGUACCCCCUGCUGGCCAGUAUAGGUAUAGCACAGCACACACCAGGGUACAGAAGCUAGUUCACCUGGGUCCCCACCUGCUCUGAACAGCUCAUUGGCACAGGAGCACUUACUUUCCUAUUUUACACACAGCUGCAGAGUGUUGGUGCACAUUGUCGUAAUUGAUUGAUUGAAUUACCUUGUAAUUGAGCUUUGAGGCAGACCUAAGUGGUCCAAGAAACAGGUGAACCGGCGACAGGGUCAUGGACCGCCAAGACUCAUUGAUGCACGUGGGGAGCGAAGGCUGGCCCAGCUGUGGGUCAAACAGCUGAAGAAGUUGAUGCUGGUUCUGAUAGAAAGUUUUCAGAACACACAGAGGAGACGCAGUGGAGUCAAGGCCUUGACGGGUCAGGGGGGGGUUGGCUGCAAAAUGGUCAUAAUGUUAUGGCUGAUAGGUGUAAGUGCAAAAACAUGUGUAUGGUUGCAAAUACUGAUUGUCUUUAUUAGUGCCAAUUUGCCAAGUAAAAAGGUUUAUAAUAAGAGGGGUGUGGGUUUGAAAGAAUGGUUAAAGGUCAUUUUCAGAGGCAACUGUAAAACAGAUGGUUCAACAAAUAAAACUGUGGUUAACUUCUGACGUGUGA